AUGAACGACUUUUAUUCACCAGAGUCCUGCAGAGCCAGCUGCCUCCGGUUUGAAAUAGACGGAACCCAGGUGGGUUGGAUUCCUCCCCAGGUGGCUCCUCUGUUGACCCGGUAUCCGGAGGUGUUCGAGCCGCCGCACGGUGGCGCAGUGUCGCUGUGCCGCAGCCUGGACUCGUACGGGAGGAGGUCGGAGGCCGUGGAUGGAGCCCUGCAGGCCCUCAGACAGGAGCCCUCUCUGAGCUGUCUGAGAGGAUGGAGAGACGAGAAGUACAGUGUGAUGCCAAAAUUCUCUGACCCUCCGUUGAUGUGGAUGGAAAGAGCUGCUACAAGUCUUUUCGGGGUGAGGCGCUAUGGAGUCCAUCUCAACGGUUAUGUCGUCAGUGACAGCGGGGAGGUCAGCAUGUGGCUGGGUCGACGCUCCCCCACGAAGCAGACGUACCCCGGACUGCUGGACAACGUGGCGGCAGGCGGUCUGGCUGCUAACGCUGGCGUCAAACACACUCUAGUGAAAGAAUGUCAGGAGGAAGCGUGUAUCCCAGCAGCCAUCGCUGAGAAGGCUCGUCCUGUAGGAACCGUCAGUUACACCUACAAUAAUGAAGAGGGUGUAUUUGCAGAGAGCCAGUUUGUCUUUGAUUUGGAGCUUCCUUUGGAGUUCAAGCCCAGAGUUGGGGAUGGAGAGGUGCAAGAGUUCUACCUCCUGCCCAUAGACAAGGUGAAGGAACUGCUGGCCACAGACGACUUCAAACCCAACUGUGCCAUGGUGGUGUUAGACUUCCUCAUCAGGCAUUCCUUCAUUGAGCCAGACACCGAGCCGUGCUACCAGGAGUUUGUGACGGGACUCCAUCAGAAGUUGUAGACUGCAGCUGAGCAUGAAACCCGCUGCGAGAGGCGAGGCGCCACAAGCCGAGCGUUUCAUCGUUCACAUCAGGAAACACGCGGAACAGACAUUAGACCAGUGGACGCCUGGACGUUGGUCUGAUGACACUAGAUGUGAGGUAGUCGGUUGCAGCCAGAUUGUGUGCAGAAGUCAGGAACUGUCGAAACUUGCCAGACUCUGAGUGUGGCAACUCGAGUCUACGAAAUGCGUCUGCUUGCUCCCAGGCGUUUGGUUCUGCGGGUCCUGACCAGAGCUGGUAAACGAACGAGAACCUAACCAGCUGAAAAGGACCCCGCAAGAGAUGCAUGAAAAAAGUGCCUUCAAAAAAAAAAACACUUUCUUUGGUUUUUAGCUUAUUAAAUGUCAAUUUUACUGUAGUUAAUUUGGAAACACUUUAUUGUAUACAUAGUGGUGUAUCUAUACCAUCACCUUAAAAAAGAAAUCCAACUGACUGAAUGAUUAUUAUUGUUGUAUAUAAUAUAUAUUAUAUUGAUUU